GUCAAACAUCUCCAAAAAUGUCAUGACAAACCAGCAGAAACCUCUUCACAGACUGACCCAGGACUGGAGCCAGACCUCUGACCUCUGACCCAGACAUUGAAUAAGCAUCACUCAGGAGAUCCUCAGGCCGACAGGAAAAUGAUGAUGCUGAGAGACGCGGGUCAGGAAGCGGGUCGGUGAGCAGGAGUCAAACGCACACUGUUGACGGUGCGCAGGCGUGAUGUUGGCGUGUCGCUCCCUGCUGCUCACCUGGGUGCUGCUCGCCGCCAGAGUCCUCAGUCACAGCUGGAGACCCUGUACAGAUCUGCUGCCACUUGACCUGCUAUCCAGAUCCCUGCCACGCCCAGGACAAGCCACGCCCACUCAGGUGCAGAUGGUUCAAUCCAAAGGUUCCAGAGGUCUCCGAUUGGCCGGUGCCAUGGCAGCACCUCUGAGUUUCCCCGCCUCCCAGAUCUUCACCAACUGUGACUACUUCCCCGCUGAGUUCUCAUUGGUCACCACAGUGAAGCUUCGCAGACUGAGACAGAAGACGAAUGAGUACAUCUUCUCUCUGCUGCGGGAGGGAUCUGAUUCACUGUUGCUGGGGUUACGUAUCUCUCAGAACCGCCUCCACUUCUUGACCACAUCCCCCAGUGUUGGUGGGCGGAGCCGGAUGAGUUUUAAGGAGGUCAGAUUGGACGAUAACCGCUGGCACACGGUGGUGCUAGCUGUCACUGGGCCGUUCGCCACACUGACCGUCGACUGUGGACUCCCUCUGGAGCUUAAACAGGUCCAGUCCUUCCCCAGCCAUCUGAGCACCAGAGGGUCCAGGUUCUUCAUCGGCAGCAGGGGCAAGUGGAGGGGACGCUUCUCUGGUUUACUGCGGCAGCUGGUCCUGCUUCCUGGUUCAGAUGCCACGCCCAGACUGUGUCCCGCCACUGAUCCCAGUCUGACUGAGCUGUCCAUCCCAAAGGUCCUGAAGACCAUCCCCUUCCAGCCAGACCAGCAGGGGCCAGUUUACCCCUACGAGGCCGAGGCCAGAGUGACUCUGGGAAAUCCUCCUUCCUGCUCGAGAGCGGAGCAGGGCCAGCUGUGGUUCAACGCUCAGAGGAAAGCUCUGUUCAUCUGCGAUGGGCUGAGGUGGAGGACGCUGCUGCAGAAUAAGGAGCGUCUGGAUUAUGUGGAGGGCUACCAGGACCUCUACACCCGCUCAGAAACCUUCGACGUCGAGAUCUUCUCCAUCCCGUCUGAAGGACUCUUCAUGGCUGCAGCCAACAAGGACUCUCGGUCCGGCUCGGGAGUCUACAGGUGGACCGAUGGCUCCUUCCAGCUCUACCAGAACAUCAGCACUCAGGAGGCUCGAUCUUGGAAGCACUUCACCAUUGAUGACAAGGUUUUCCUGGUGGUGGCAGCAAACUUCAGAGAGGCGGGGACUGAGCUGUCAGUCAUCUAUCGGUGGCAUCGGCGGCGGCGGCGCUUCGUCCGUUAUCAGACUCUGGAGACUCACACUGCCCUGGACUUUGAGGCUUUUCACAUCCAUAACCAGAGCUUCCUGGUAGUGGCCAAUCACAGACGAGCCAGAGACUCCAACCACAACAUCCACAGUGUGAUCUACAGGUGGAACCCUGACACAAAGUUAUUUGAGGUGAACCAGACGCUGCUGACGUCCGGGGCCUACGACUGGGAGUUCUUCACUGUUGGACCGUACCACUUUCUGGUGGUGGCCAACACCUUCGAUGGUCGGACCACCACCAUCAGCUCCACCAUCUACGUCUGGCUGGAUGGCUGUUUCCAGACGUUCCAGAGCAUCCCGACGGUGGGAGCGACGGACUGGGAGACGUUUCAGAUCGAUGGCAGGUUUUUCCUCGCCGUCGCUAACAGUCAGAAGAUCCCUGAUCGUGGCCCGAGUCUCUACAGCAUCAACUCCACCGUGUACGAACUGAACACGCUCACACAGACCUUCAUCCGCUUCCAGGACAUCCUCACACACAGCGCGGUGGACUGGGAGUUUUUCACCAUCGGAGACGAGAAGUUCCUGGUGGUGGCAAACUCUUACGACGGCAGCUCGUACGGCCUGAACAGCGUCGUCUACAGGUGGCGGGGUUACGAGGGCUUCGUUCCCGUCCACAGCCUGCCGACGUUCGGCUGCAGAGACUGGGAGCACUUCAGCACCGAUGAAGGCUCCUUCCUCAUAUACUCCAGCGCCACCUCCAGGCUCAGCAAGGUGUUCAGACUGAGGACCUACUGAGUGAAAACGUCCUGCAGCGACCUUCCACUACCUCCCUGUGACCUGCAGACUCCUCUGAGGUCACAUGACCAUUCACUGGCCUGAACUUCCUCUGAGUUCAUCCUGAGGAAGAAGCUCCAGGAUUUAAAUCCAGCUAAAACUGAAAGGCUAACGUGUAUUUAUGGAGCACUUUCAGUCAUGUUAAGCCGACGAGGACGGUGCCUCUGAUCCUUUGAACCACAUGAUCCAUAAACCUCCUGAUGAAAAUACAAAUGAAUACAGAUCAAUCAAUCCCGUUUUCAAUCAGCUGUUUUCUAAGAGCAGCUCCUGUUUCUCAUAUAGAUGCUAAAAUAUCACAGAGACGCUGAAGCUUAAAAACAGACCUGUUCUCACUAAGUGCUCGAUAAGCACUCUAAACAAAGCCCAUCCUCCCCCAGGUGCCCGAGUAUUUCCUUACGUGAAUACCAACUCUAGUGUUUUCAACAAGGGUGUUGGUGACACGAGUUAAACCGUGAAAUGAAGACCCUGGAGAUCAGUUGCAGCUUGUUUAAUUGUCUUCAUAACGUGUGACAGAAAAUAACCUUGGUCUCAACACAGAGAGGAUUACACAAAUAAAGUGCAUCAGCUCACUAAAAUAACAUUUUGGCAAAAUAAGCAGUAAUAUCCAAAGUCAUCAGUAUGAGCUGUCGAAUAAUUGCAACUUACAGCGUUCCUGCCUGAUAAUUCAGCGUGGACGGCAU